AUGACAUCCAGGUCGCUCUCCCCUCCGCUCCCCCUCCGCUCCCCCUCCGCUCCCCCUCCGCUCCCCCUCCGCUCCCCCUCCGCUCCCCCUCCGCUCCCCCUCCGCUCCGCUCCCCCCUCUGCUUCCGCCUUCGCUUCCCCAGCCUCCCCGCUUGUGCCGCCUAGCCCGUCUCUUCCGAUUGGCUCCCUUGUUGCGACGAACAACUUCGACGAGGCGGGGACGAUCGAGGCGGCGGGGUACAGCAGCGUGCAUCGCGGCGAGGGCCCCGACGGCCGCGCGUGGGCCGUGAAGCGCGCCAAGAAGGUCUCCAUUGAGGGCUCGCACCUCUUCAAGAGCGAGGUGGAUUUUCUGUCGCAGGUGUCGCAUCCGAAUCUGCUGCAGCUGCUGGCGUUCUGCGACGACAACAACGAGCAGAUCCUCGUCUUCCCCUUCAUGGCCAACGGCGCGCUCAGCACCUGGCUCCGCCCCUCACCAGACCAGCCGCGGCCGGCACUGACGUGGGAGCAGCGGCAGCGCAUCGCGCAGGGCGUGGCGUUGGGGUUGCAGUACCUGCACUCGUUCAGCAACCCUACCAUCAUCCACCGCGACGUCAAGAGCGAGACCAUCCUGCUCGACGAACAAUUCGACGUGAAGGUGGGCGGGCUGGGGCUGCUGAAGCACCUGCCGGGGGAGGCGAUGCGGCUGCGCAUGGCGCGCAAGAAGGGGUACCUAGACCCCGAGUACUUCCAGACCUUCAAAGUCACCACCAAGUGCGACGUGUACAGCUUCGGCGUGGUGCUGCUGGAGCUGCUCACGGGGAAGCCGCCCAUCCUCGUCGACCCGCACCAGGACGCGGCGCAGCAGGGGCAGGCGGGGCAGGCGGUGGCGCAGAGCCAGAGCCAGAAGCAGCCGGGGAAGAACCGCCCGCCCACGCGCUUCUCCUCCCUGGGCUCCGCUCCGCGCCCCUCCGCCACUCCGCUGCUCACGCUGCCCCAAUGGGUGCGCCUCCUCCCCGCCCCCAUGAUAGACGAGGGAAAAGCUCACCAGCUAAUGGACCCACGUCUGGCCCACUACAAUACGCUUUCCUCCCAUCCCCCUUCCUUCCCCCGCCAGGCGCUGAGCAUGAUGGACGAGGGCAAGAUACACCAGCUAGUGGACCCGCACCUGCUCUUACUGAAACAGUCUCAUAACUCGUCUCCUCCCAUCGCCUGCCAACCCCCCCACUCCCCUCCCCACCAGGCGCUGAGCAUGAUAGACGAGGGCAAGAUACACCAGCUAGUGGACCCGCGUCUCCCGCAAGCCACGCCCGUCGAGGAGCUCCAGGCCUUCGCGCGCGUCGCCGCGUCCUGCGUGUCCCCCCUGCGGCGCGACCGCCCGGACAUGCCGCGCGUGGUGGCGAUGCUGCAGGACGCGUGCCGCACGGGCGCGCUGGUGCGCUUCACCUCGGGCAACUUCUCCCUCGUGCGCUCGCUCAGCAUCCCCGACACCCCUGCCGCCUCUCUCAAGCCCAGCCCUUGA